UGCUCACAAAAUUCAUCGAAGCUCCUUAACAAUGGCGAUAACUGUAUCUCCUCCAACGAUUACAUCAUCAUUCUCUCAACUUUCUUCACUUUCUCCCUUCCAAUCUCCCCCAUCACUAUCAUAUCCAUCUUUCUCCUCGUCUCCCACCAUCACACGUCCCCUUAAUUUAUAUCCAAACAGAAACAAUCGAACUGUUGUUGUCCCAAAAGCUUCUUCCACCACCACUUUCUCCCCUGAAAUCGCUGAUGUACUCGGAGAAGUUAACAUCUUCACCGCUUCCGGAGACUCCGUCAUGUUCAACGAACUCUGGGAUCAAUCCGAGGGUAUUGCUGUUGUUGCUCUUCUGAGGCAUUUUGGAUGCCCUUGCUGCUGGGAACUUGCUUCAACUCUCAAGGAAUAUAAAGCAAGAUUUGAAUCUGCUGGUGUGAAGCUAAUUGCUAUUGGUAUUGGGGAACCUAAGAAAGCUCGUAUCCUUGCUGAACGGUUGCCAUUUCCAUUGGAUAUCCUCUACGCAGAUCCUGAGCGCAAGGCAUAUGAUGUCUUGGGUUUGUAUUAUGGAAUCGGACGAACAUUUUUCAACCCUGCCAGUGCAAAGGUAUUAUCAAGAUCAAGAUUUGAGGCUCUACAAAAAGCUGUAAAGAAUUACACCAUUGAAGCGACCCCAGAUGACAGGGGAAGCGUCUUGCAACAGGGAGGGAUGUUUGUGUUUAAAGGUAAAGAGUUGUUGUAUGCAUGGAAGGAUGAAGGCACAGGCGAUCAUGCUCCUCUAGAUGACAUCUUCAAUAUAUGCUGCUCCACCAAAGUAGAGAUUGCAUGAAGAAUACCAUUUCUCAUCUUCCACAGGUUCCUUUCUUUAGUCAUCGAUUUGAUUUCUUCAUAUAUAUAUAUA